GCUUCAGCCGUAGGCGUAGCUAUAAAUGACAGGUGAUCCAUCACCAUUGGUGUGUUUGUGUUUGUGUUUGUGUCUGCGUCUGCGUCUCUCUCUGUGUUUCAGCUGCUGCAGUGAAUGGGGAGGCAGCCUUGCUGCGAGAAGGUAGGGCUGAAGAAGGGGCCAUGGACUGCGGAGGAGGACAAGAAGUUGGUCAACUUCAUCCUCACCAACGGCCAAUGCUGCUGGAGAGCUGUGCCUAAACUCGCAGGGCUGUUGAGGUGCGGGAAGAGUUGCAGGCUGAGAUGGACGAAUUACUUGAGGCCUGAUCUGAAGAGGGGAUUGCUGUCGAAAGAGGAGGAGAAGAUGGUGAUCGAUCUCCAUUCUCAGCUCGGAAACAGGUGGUCCAAGAUCGCGUCGCACCUUCCGGGUAGAACCGACAACGAGAUCAAGAACUACUGGAACACGCACAUCAAGAAGAAGCUGAGGAAGAUGGGCAUUGACCCCAUGACUCACAAGCCAUUGCCUUCAGUACCGCCCGACGAGCCUCCGCAGCAAGCUGCUGAUGCGAUCGAUCGUGGUGAUUCCCAGAAGCUGGACGACGAGAUCGAGACCACCACGAGCCAAGAAUCCCUUAUGAGAGACAUGGAAUCGCUCCUCGAGACUGCCUCUGCGACCUCCCCUGUCCAUUUCUGCACCGACGAAGUGCCGUUGCUCCAGCCGCACGAGUUUGCGGCGCCUUCUUCAGAAUUCCAAACUCCAUGCACGGAAUGGCAAGAAUCAGCGUACCUCUGCGGGAACGAUUUGGACUUCAUCUACGACGAGUGGGAGAGCCAGAGAAGCGUGCUGGAGGAUCAUGAAUCAUGGAAGUUUGAGCUCUUUUGAUUGGAAGGUUAAUUGUCAAUCAAUCGAACAUCGUGAGUACAAGAAAAAUGUAAUAAAAAAAAGGGAGGCACUCGAUCGCUAGCUCUCCCUUUUUCUCUUUGGGAUUGUACAGGUUGUUAAUUAGAUAUUUGUUAAUUAAUCAAAACACAUCAACUUUUUUGUA